AUACAGUGACACCACCUACAAUCCCCAUUUGGAUAGAUACAAAUUGAAAAUUAUCUCUACUCUCCACUUGUUGGCCAAUUUCAAAUUAGUUGCAGUAAAUCUUAUUAACGAUAUAAUUGAUGUAAUCUAGAAGACAAUAGUCCUAAUUUAGGUCAGUACAUUGAAUUUAUAGGUCAGUCAGAUAGAUAUCUUGCUCAGAAGAAGAAUUAGCAAAAUGUUGGUGAUAUUUUUCUUCCUCUUUUCCCUUGUUGGAUGUGAAAAACACGAAUGCCUGAUGAAUGCCUGUGAGGGUUUGAGAGAGGCUAAAUUCUUCGCUGAAGAAUUUGGUUAUGAGCUGAUGGAGAACAUGACAAACAAUCUUCUUCAUAACUUAGAAAGGAGAAUACGAUCACUAGAACAACCAGUAUGGGUUAUCUCCAGAGAUGACAAUAGAUGGCUCGAAUGCUCCAAAGGACCUUGCACAUGUUUACCAGAGACAAAAUCCAUUAGCUGCUGGCAGCAGAAUAUACCAUCCUUACCUUCAGAGCAGAUAAUUCCACACGAUGCUUCAGUUAUAGAUCUCGGCAUGAACAAACUUACCACAAUAAACAAAGAUGCGUUCAAGCACCUUUUGUUUUUAACAGAAUUGGAUCUGUUCGACAACGAAUUGGACUAUUUGCCAGAGUCGAUUUUCGAUGAACUCGAAGAUCUGAAAUACCUGCGUUUGCACAAAAACUUCUUGCUCGAUUUCCACAAGAACAUAUUCUGGGGUUUGAGAAACAUCAAAACGUUGGAUAUUUCCUUCAAUCGACUCAAAAGUAUGCCAGAAGAUAUUUUCGCUGUCUGUCAAGAUGUCAUCAUGUUGCAUUUAUCUGGUAACAGACUGAAGACACUUCCAGAACUACUGUUCAGUAACUUGAAAUAUUUGGAGGAUUUGGAUAUAAGUAACAAUGAACUACAGUCAAUACCUGCAGGUAUUUUUAGAGAUUUGAGUUCUUUGACCAGACUGAACUUAGCUGAAAAUCAACUGAAGGAUUUGGAUGAGGGUAUUCUAGAUACUUUAUCCAAUUUGGAAUAUUUGAACUUGAGGAAAAACCGAAUUUCUCACAUUUCCAGAAGAUUUUUUGGUAACAUGCACAAUCUUAAAAUUCUUCAACUUGCAUCGAAUAGAAUAGCGAAGCUCGAUCUAGAUACUUUCCAAGAUCUCACAGAACUUGUAGAAUUGAAUUUGGGUCAGAAUUACAUACUAGAUAUACCGGAGGGGUUAUUUCUUCAAAAUAGCAAAAUGUUAAAACUGAUUCUUUACUCGAAUUCUCUAGUCGAGUUAGGAGAGAAGGCUCUGAUGGGAUUGGACAAUCUUUCCGCAUUACUGAUAAACAACAAUCUUCUAGAAAACAUUCAUCCUGACGUUUUCUUGUACGCACCCAAUGUCCAAAAGUUGCAUUUAGAUAGCAACAAAUUCCGCUUCCUGCAACCUAAUACUCUAGAUCCCCUGAAAAACAUAACUUCAAUCAAGAUGACAAAGAACCAGUGGCAUUGUGAUUGUCAUAUUCUGUAUCUCGCGUUGUGGGUUUCUGAUAAUAACAAUAAGCUUUGGGAUUCUCAGCCAACUUGUAGAGGACCUGGCGAUCUUGGUGGUAAACUCCUGAAGAAUAUGAGGUUCCAGCAUCUUUGCGAGGGUCAGUGGGCUAGCAUGAUAAACUUAGCACCAAGGAUUCCAGUGAAAUAUAUCGCGGGCAAGGCUGGAGAAAACUACGAAUCUGGUGUCAUGCCGAAGGAACAUAGUGAAAAACUAUAAAUAUGUACCUUUGUAGAUUCACUGUAUGAGGUUCUCGAUUCUGUACGAAUAAAAAAGUUGGAGUA